AGAGAUAGAGAUAGAGAGAGAGUGAGAGAGUGAGAGCCAUGGCUUGGAUGAUGUGCACGUGCGUUUUCCUCUCCUGUGUGCGGCAGGUCUGGUCAAGCGCACCGACUGAAACCAGCAUCUAUUUGGAUAACAUCACGCGCAUACUGGACAGGUUACUGGACGGAUACGACAACAGGCUUCGACCGGGAUUUGGAGGUCCUGUCACCGAGGUCAAAACAGACAUCUUUGUCACCAGCUUUGGUCCAGUGUCAGAUGUGGAAAUGGAAUACACGAUGGACGUGUUCUUCCGGCAGACGUGGAUAGACGAGCGGCUCAAGUUCGAGGGCCCCAUCGACAUCCUGCGCCUGAACAACCUGAUGGUCAGCAAAAUCUGGACUCCGGACACGUUCUUCCGCAAUGGCAAACGCUCCAUUUCCCACAACAUGACCACUCCCAACAAGCUGUUCCGCAUCAUGCAGAACGGAACUAUCCUCUACACCAUGCGACUAACCAUCAAUGCAGAAUGUCCAAUGAGGCUGAUAAACUUCCCAAUGGACGGUCACUCCUGUCCCCUGAAAUUCGGCAGCUACGCCUACCCCGUCAGUGAAAUCGUGUACACGUGGAAGAAAGGGCCGUUAUUUUCAGUGGAAGUUCCUCAGGAGUCGUCCAACCUGCUGCAGUACGACCUCAUAGGACAGACUGUUUCGAGUGAAAGGUUAAAGUCCAACACAGGUGAAUACAUAGUCAUGACGGUUCACUUCCACCUGCAGAGGAAGAUGGGAUUUUUCCUGAUCCAGACGUACAUCCCCUGCAUCAUGACCGUCAUCCUCGCUCAGGUGUCUUUCUGGAUCAAUAAAGAAUCCGUUCCUGCCAGGACUGUAUUUGGCAUCACCACAGUACUGACGAUGACCACUCUGAGUAUCAGCGCCCGUCACUCCCUCCCUAAAGUGUCCUACGCCACUGCUAUGGACUGGUUCAUCGCCGUCUGCUUUGCUUUUGUCUUCUCCGCCCUCAUCGAGUUCGCCGCUGUCAAUUAUUUCUCCACUCUGCAGGCAAAUCGGGAGCUUCGCCGGGCCAAUGCCGCUCGAGCUACCAUGGCAACGGCUGCUGGGAGCGACGGGGAAGUUGUUUCGCCUCCGUUGGACCCUGGAGGUGUGUUGAAGAAGAGGUUGAAUUCUCUGUCUCAGAGGGAAACGCCCCCCCGGUUCUCCGCACCACCCCCGCCGGACUUCCGCCAGCAGGGUUCCGCUGUGCCUGCUAACGCCAUGCUAGCGGGAACUAGCAUCAUCGAUAAAUACUCCCGCAUCCUCUUCCCUCUGAGCUUCGGCGCCUUCAACCUGGUCUACUGGAUCGUCUAUCUGACCAAAGACACCAUGGAGUCCAGAGACGUGUGAGCGGCCUCAUAGACCCUUCCACACAAUCUCAGGAGACGGAGGGAUAAAAUGGACAGAUGGACGGACGGAUGGAUGGAUGGAUGGAGGAGGGAGGGAUUUAUGAACCCGUGCUGCUAGCUGAACCUGUGUCCACUCCUGUGCUAGAAGAGGACGACGCAGCUUCUCUUGACCUUUUCCCUUUUCCUCUCCGAGGCUCCAGAGGACUCUCGAAGUGUUCGAGCACUUUUGGGCCUGUGGGUUACCAUGGAGUUUAAACCGUACACAUACAGCACUGUGCAGAAGUCGAGUCGUUUAUUCAAUUUACAGUCAAAACAGAAA